AGGCGUUUCCGUCGGCGUCGCCGCGUUAUUGAUUCGAAUGCGCAAAACCCCGAGCGGCAUUCUCAGAAAUGCGGACGUCGUUGAUCGCGUGAGAAAAGGGCUUCUACCUAUCCUAUAAUUCCUAUAUUCUCGUCGUAGGAGUCCGCGAAGCGGGCGUUUCAGGUCUGGAGGAUAAGCUGCGCCGCCAGGUGAGGCCCGGAAGACAUGGUUGGGCCCAAUGUUUCCUUGUGACUAACCGUCCCGGAGGGUGGAACGAUCGCCACGCAGGGCGCAUCCUUCAGAACGCCUUCCGAACACGAGCGUACAAAUACAGAACUCGCGACGCUGUGCAAGGUAAAAGGCGCGACGUGAAAGUGCAAACGUAUUCGCUGGAAAUAACUGGAAUGCAAUGGAGUUCGGCGUUAAAAGUCAGAUGUUGAAAGUGUAUCCUGUGAGCCCUGUGGCAGGGCCCGGCGCGGCACGCUCGGUAUGGGAACUGAGUCCAGAUCCCGACAUGGUCGGGCAUCUACCGAACAAUCCGAUAUCUGGUCAUCAGAAUCAUGGUUCCGGCAAGGAUACGCGGCAGAGGAAUCGUCCUGACGAUAACAUCUAUGCGGACGAGGCUACCACUGGCCAGAGCCCCACCGAUGAGACGAAGCAGAUCUUCGAGUUGCUCAGAGCUGGAGGGAUCGUUCGUAUGUGUCGCAGUGAAAUCGAGGCGGUCGAGGAACUGGUCGAGAAGAACGGGCUGAGUGUGCUUAGUGCGAGAGACGAAUGGGGAUACACACCUGCCCAUUGGGCUGCCUUGGAUGGCACGGUCCAAGUCAUGAGAUAUCUGAUAGAACGGAGCGGACCCGUCGAUCUACCGUGCCUCGGCACGCAAGGACCCAGGCCGAUACACUGGGCCUGUCGGAAAGGCCACAGUGCGAUAGUGCAAUUAUUGUUCAAGGCGGGAGUCGCGGUCAACGCAGCUGAUUUUAAGGGUUUAACGCCUCUGAUGACCGCCUGCAUGUUCGGCAAAUUUGCGACGGCCGCCUUCUUGCUGGGAUCCGGCGCGCAGGGACACUUGACCGACAUAAACGGUGACACCGCGUUGCAUUGGGCUGCGUACAAAGGACACGCCGAGCUGAUCAAGCUGUUGAUGUACAGCGGAGUGGAUCUGCAGAAACCUGAUUACUUUGGUUCGACACCGCUUCAUCUGGCCUGCCUGUCUGGCAACGUCAGCUGCGUGCGGAUCCUCUGCGAAAAGAGCAAGAUCGAGCUUGAACCGCGAGACAAAAACGGUAAGACACCGUUGCAGCUGGCCAAGAGUCAUCGCCACUCGGAGAUCGUGCGGAUUCUGCAGGCGGAACAGAAGCGCCGUGCCAGAUGGAUACCGCCCAUCAACGAGCUAUGGGCGCUGUUGUUUGGCGGAGCGGGCAACAGCAAAGGACCGUUGCUGUUGUUCAUGAUAUCCGUCCUGCUAUGGGGAUACCCAAUGUACCUGUUCAAGUGCAUUCCAUUAACAUGGAAUCUCUUACGAGGCAGUCAUUAUUGCUUCAUUUACUGGAACAUCCUCAUGUGGAUUUCGUGGAUCGUGGCUAAUAGAAGAGACCCCGGUUAUGUGCCGCAAAACAGCGAUACUUAUUAUAGGGCGAUAAAACAGAUUCCGUACUUUGACAAAUGGAAGAAACGGAAUGUCUUAUUAUCGCGAUUGUGUCACAGCUGCAGAUGUUUCAGGCCCCUCCGGGCUAAACAUUGUAGAAUUUGCAACAGAUGCGUUACAUAUUUCGAUCAUCACUGUCCAUUUAUAUACAACUGCGUUGGCCUACGGAACAGAAUGUGGUUCUUCCUGUUCGUUAUGUGCGUGGCGAUAAAUUGCUCUUUCACGUUAUAUUUCGCCUGUUAUUGCAUCGCACGUGAGGGAAUUCAACUCUUAUAUGUUCUCGGUGUAUUGGAGGCUCUCGUCUUUUGCGGACUCGGCUGGAUUCUAACGUGUACCUCGGUCCUACAUGCAUGUAUGAAUUUGACUACCAACGAAAUGUUCAAUUAUAAGAGGUACUCGUAUUUGAGGGAUAAGAAGGGCAAAUACUUGAAUCCCUUUAGUCGAGGACCCGUGCUUAAUUUCAUCGAAUUUUUCCUCUGUCCGCCGAAUCAUCAAACGAACGAUCUUCAGCAUUAUCAUAUUCUUUCUGAGGACGUCAUAUAAUUGUAUAAAUCUCCGAAUAAUCUAUUUCACGCUCUCUCUCUCUCUCUCUCUCUCUCUCUCUCUCUCGCGCACAGAGAAGCGUCAAGCGCGAUCACUACGUACAACGAUACAUUAUUUUUUCAAAUUACGUGUACAUUUGCACAUAAAUAUUAUUACCACUUGUGAAAGAUUCUUAUAUUUCACAGUUUAGAUCGCGCGACAUUUUGCUGCCAGGGCACAAACUUGCAAAGAUGUAGUCGAGAGUUUUAUAUAAGUUAAUGUUUCAAUAAAUAUCUUAUAAACAA